GUUAUUGACCUGUUCUACCUUAAUUCAUCUCAAUAUUCAAUUGCAAUGCUCUUAUUUUAAAUAAUAUAUUUCACCCAAUAUUAUUUUAGAUAAGUGCAAGACUUCAUAUUACAAUUAAUUUCACUCAAUUAAUCUACCUAGCUACUAUAUUUAUUCUCUAUUUAUGAACUAUUUUUUCUAGGGGUGUGCAACGGGGGUUGGCUCGUACCGUACCGCACCGAUCACCGGACCAAACUGACACUUGGACCGGAACACACCGAACUGAAUGUAAUAUGGUUAGGUCCUUGGUACCCAUGAAUUUUAUAAAUACCGAAUAAAAAUAAACCGAGUUGACAUUUGGACCGGACCAAAUUAGCGGGCCGAGGACACUGUUGAUCGGGUUAUCCUUUGGUCCUAAAAUGUCUUUCACUAUUUGACAACGGUUCUCCCCGAGUUUGGUCUGGUCCGGACCAAACCAUUGCACACCCCUAAACUUUUUGCUUUGCUUUUAUCGUUAAGAAAUAAAUGUUUUCUCCAAAUUAUAUAUUAAAAUAGGUCGAUCUAUCAUGACCCGUACCCUCAUCAUACAUUACCCAACCCUGAUCUACACUUAAUACAAAACACAUAUAUGUAUAUUGAGAUACUCGCCUCGUCUGUCCAUCACCGUCACUAAUUUAGCGAGAAUGACUGCCGUCUGUUUGGUCAGCUGAGCAAAACCUCCUCUUUGACUGCCCAGAAUUGCUCCACUCGGGCAAAAAAAGCCAAACCCAACCUGCCUGCCUAUAAAUCGCCCCCUAAAAAACCCAUCGUCCUCACACACCAUCACAGGGAAAAAAAUCAAACACCAAAACCAAAUCAUGGCAAGUCAUCAUCAUCGAUUCUAUUCUCUGCUCCUCACGGUCAUUUCCCUAACCACGUCCAGAUCCUGGGCCCAGGCGUCGGCCCGCUCCGUCAACUGGGCCAAAAGGCUGGACUCCGGCUCCGGCCCGGACACCAUCACCAACAUCCAGUUCUACUUCCACGACAUCUUCACCGGGAACCACCCGACCGCGACCCGGGUGGUCCACCCGGUCCCGGGUUUCUCCCACACGACCUUCUUCGGGGCGGUCGUGAUGGCCGACGACCCGCUGACCGAGUCGGCCGACCCGAGCUCCAAGGUCGUCGGGCGGGCGCAGGGGAUGUACGCCGCCGCGGGGCGGAGCGAGGUCUCGCUGCUGAUGUCCAUGAGCUACGGGUUCACGGACGGGGACUACGACGGGAGCUCGCUCAGCAUCGUGGGCCGGAAUCGGGCCUUGGACCCGACCCGGGAGCUGCCCGUUUUGGGCGGGACGGGGGUUUUCAGGAUGGCGCGUGGCUACGCGGUUAUAAAUACGGUGACGGCGAAUGCGAGGGGAGACGCUGUGGUUCAUUAUAACGUCACGGUCUACGCUCCCCGGCUUUAAAUGGUCAGUGAGUGAGUCUUCGCCGGUUGCUGGCGCCGUCGGUGGAGGCGGCAGCGAGCAGCUAAUUUGUUUGUGUUGUGUCUCUGAGGGAGAUGUUUCUUGUUUCAUUGUGGUAUAAAUAUAAUAAUACAAAAAAUUGUCUUAUCGUUCUCCUACAAAAUGUGGUUUAAGAGUUUACAAUUAAAAUGAGAAAUUAUAGAUUUUUUUAUAUAUGAAUUAUUAUUAUAUAAAUGAUAUGAACCGGUUAAACACAAGGAAUUAAAGAGUAUGGCCCCAAUGAAGUACUAGUUAGCUAGGCAGCUACUGAUUAUCGUCUUGGUAAAGCAUUAUCUCAUAAACUAGUUAAUCAUAC